GUGCAUCGCUCGCAGCCGGACACAAACCGCUCCCCGGCGAUGGAGACUGCGGGAAAAGCCCGGCGCGGCGGGAUGGCUUGCUGAAACUGCGGCGGCUGCGGGGAGAGAAGCAGAGCGGCAGAGAAUAGGCAGCAAAUCCUAAAGCAACGGCAAAAUAAAAAUUGGAAAAAAAAAAAAGAAAAAGAAAAAGAAAAGAAAAAUAGAAAAAGAAAGGAGAAAACCUCUCUUUUUCUCCCCCUCUUCCCUCUUUUUUAUUUUUUUUAUUUUUAAAUUCUUGAUUUUGUUUGUAGCCGCCUCGUCCUCAAUGCCUCUCUGAGCAGCACCUAGCGAGCGAGAGGGAGAAGGCGAGAGAGAGGCAAAAGAGAAGAUGAGGAUAAUUUGCAGACAGCUUGUCUUGUUGUUUUCUGGCUUUUGGGGACUAGCAAUGGGAGCUUUUCCUAGCAGCGUGCAAAUAGGUGGUCUCUUCAUCAGGAACACAGAUCAGGAAUAUACUGCUUUUCGAUUAGCAAUUUUUCUUCAUAACACCAGCCCCAAUGCCUCCGAAGCACCUUUUAAUUUGGUUCCUCAUGUAGACAACAUUGAAACAGCUAACAGCUUUGCUGUAACAAAUGCCUUCUGCUCCCAAUAUUCUAGAGGAGUUUUCGCCAUUUUUGGACUUUAUGAUAAGAGAUCAGUACAUACCUUGACCUCAUUCUGCAGCGCCUUGCACAUCUCCCUCAUCACACCAAGUUUCCCCACUGAAGGUGAGAGCCAGUUUGUGCUGCAGCUGCGGCCAUCGCUGCGGGGAGCCCUCCUGAGCUUGCUGGAUCACUAUGAAUGGAACCGCUUUGUCUUUCUGUAUGACACAGAUCGAGGUUAUUCAAUACUUCAAGCUAUUAUGGAAAAAGCAGGACAAAAUAGCUGGCAAGUCAGUGCCAUCUGCGUGGAGAAUUUCAAUGAUGCCAGCUACAGGCGGCUUUUAGAAGACCUGGACCGAAGACAAGAAAAGAAAUUCGUAAUAGACUGUGAAAUAGAGAGGCUGCAGAAUCUCUUAGAACAGAUUGUGAGCGUGGGAAAGCAUGUUAAAGGAUACCAUUACAUUGUUGCCAACUUGGGAUUCAAAGAUAUUUCUCUGGAGAGGUUUAUGCAUGGAGGAGCUAAUGUGACGGGAUUUCAGCUAGUAGAUUUCAGUACCCCAAUGGUAACUAAGUUGAUGCAGCGCUGGAAGAAGCUGGACCAGAGAGAAUACCCAGGAUCUGAGACUCCACCAAAGUAUACAUCUGCAUUAACAUAUGAUGGAGUGCUUGUGAUGGCUGAAACUUUCCGCAAUCUUAGAAGGCAGAAAAUAGAUAUUUCAAGAAGAGGAAAUGCUGGUGAUUGUCUUGCUAAUCCUGCUGCCCCAUGGGGUCAAGGAAUUGAUAUGGAGAGGACAUUGAAACAGGUUCGAAUACAAGGACUGACAGGAAAUGUUCAAUUUGACCACUAUGGUCGCAGAGUCAAUUACACUAUGGAUGUCUUUGAGCUGAAGAACACAGGUCCUCGGAAGGUUGGUUACUGGAAUGACAUGGAUAAAUUAGUUCUGAUUCAGCAUGAACCUACACUUGGAAAUGACACUGCAGCCAUGGAGAACAGAACUGUAGUUGUCACUACAAUUUUGCCUCUGAUGAAGAAUCCUAUUUUAAGAAAUUGAUCAAGGAAGAAAAGAGUCCCAAGAUGCUGCGAACAUUCCUAACUAAGGCUCAAGUAUUAACCACCAGUCUAGUAGCAUUGAGCUAAUUUUUCCAUAUGGAUUACUGUUCCUCUGACUGGAUGACCAGGCACUGAACCACCAAGAAAAGUUCUGUGACUAAUCUGAAAUGUCUAGAACAGAUGACGUUAACCUUCAACUUUGCCAAGCUGAGAAGAGAAUGAUGUGAAUAACAAGCUUUCAGUCGAAAUUUUCCUCUCAUACCAAUCCUGAUAUCUUUGACUGAAGCUACCACACAUGAGUACUGUACUUUCCAUAAAUAGCUCCAAGCUUAGGAGAAGCGAGUAAAAAAUAAUAAUGAAAAGUAAUAUGCAAGGUUCCUGUUUGCCAGAAAGAAAAAAAAAGGAAAACAAGAAAGCUUUUAAAAUGUGUUAUCUUGCCUGUCCUGUUUGCAUUGAAGCAUUUUGAUGUGCAUAAUAAAUGUUAUCUUCAAAAGAACUUUUCCAGUCCCCGUAUUGAAAGGACUGGUGGGAUCAUUUUCAAAACCAAAAAACUGAAUUAAUAUUCCAAAGCAUGCCCUCUGUUUAUGCAGCAUGUCAUUUUGGGAUAAAUACAAUUAUUUAAAAGUAGAACUAAUUAUUGACCAAAAAUGUCCCUUUUCAGUGUUCUGAAAUCACAGUGCAAGAGAAAUAUAUCAGAAUUUGGUUUGAAUAUAUGGUGAAUUCUGCCAUAAAAGUCAUGCACGUCUCCCAUUGAUGAUCCAAUGGGAGCUGAUCACAUGAUUCUGAAGGCAGAUUACAACCAUGAUUCUUAAUAUUCACUUAUUGAGGUAAUUAAUUUAAUAUGCAGAAGUAUAAUCGCACACCUAGACACAAAAUAUAUAUAUAUUUAACUAGAGCAACUCUUUGCAAGACAAUGAGUUUUUUGACCUCUUCAUUGCCUACUUCACAUUGAAGGGAGGUUGAACCAUUGUAGAUGGCAUACAGUUUUGGUUGCACGCCUAUUUUCCAACAUGAAAGUGAAACACUUCUGCAAUCAGUGCUGUAGACUUUUCGGUCUUCAAAGAGAGGUGUCAUGGCAGAGUAAGAAAAGUUUACAAGUUCUCAGCAUGGCUUGCUUUAAUUUUUGCCUGAAGCCAAAUAGCACAAGUUGAUUUGCCUUCUGUUUCUUCAUAUUUUGUGUGUCUACGCUUACUUCGCUGUAACACGGCUGUAUGGCUAUGGCAUUAUAAAGAGUUAGCUCUGCAAUCAAAGAACCUAGUACAGGGUUUUCUACUUGGUAAAAUGUUAUCUUCAUUUGUAAUGUAGUAAGAGCACGCAGAAUUUUUUUGUACAGAUUUGGUGCAGCACGUAGACACUCAGCCUAUCACCAAAUAGUCAAGUGGUGAGGGAGCAUCCCAGAGUGAGAAGGCAACAUGGGAAGUGACAUACAUUAAUCUACCAGCUGCCACAUAGCCCUGGAUUUUAUAGUUCCUGGGAGAACCACGUGUCAUGCACUUCACAUGCUUCACAUCCUCCUGCAUGCCUGGCCCUCUCAGAAUGAACAGAUGCUCUCCCUUUGUGCAGAAGUGUGACCCCCCCACCCCCACCCCUGCCCCCCCAGAGUCCCCAGAUUGAUGUGCAGUAGGGUCAUUAUAUGGCUGGAGUAGAGACACUGCACAUAACCUUCUCUAAUAGUAAGGCAAAUAUAGUGGUUUAUUCAGCCAGGAAAAGUAAUCAUCACUGUAAUAGCAAGAUAAGAAAUAUGGUGGUAAGAUCACAGAAUCACAACAUGAUUUGGGUUGGAGGGAACCUUUAAGGCCACCCAGUUUCAAUCCCCUUGCCAUGGGCAGGGCUGUCACUCAUCAGAUCAGACUGCCCAGGGCUUCAUCAAACCUGGCUUGAGCACCUCCAGAAAUGGAGCAUCUAUAACUUCCCUGGACAACCUCUUCCAGCUCCUCAUCACUUUCUGAGAUGCUGAAUUAGAAUAUAUGGGAGUAGGCUGUGAUGAGUACCCUAGAUUCUCUAAUCCCUUUCAUGAUACAGACAACGCUGUACCUAAUAUGAGACUGCAAAACCUAAAGAUCACAAAAAUUCUGUAGAACCAAAGCUCGACAUGCAAUGAGCUGUGUCUGCAUUGUGGCUUACAGCUCAGUAUUUUAAUAAGAUAGUCUUUGCAUUGGCAGACUAAUCUUUAAGGGCAGAAUCUCAUUCAAGAUUGUGCCAUCUAAAUGUAGAUGUCUUUAUGGAGGGUCUCAAUUCAGUUGCCUGCUUGAAGUAUGCAGUGAGAUUUAUGAUGCUCUAGGAUAUUCUGCCUACCCCCAUUUCUGUAAUUACACCAGCAGGAUGAACCUUUCCUGCCAGUCUUAUGCCAUAUAUGACCAAUCCAUAUGGAUGUCUUAGCUACCGCAUGAUGUUUCACACAUGGGAUGAAUUGUUCACCAAGUGUGUAAGUUUUCAUGAAAGUACUCAAAGAUUUAGAGAUUGCUUCAAUUAUCCAUAGGUAGGUAGCUAACACUGAGGAUAUCUUAGCUACCCAGACCUGCAGAAUGACAAAUGGAAGGCAGGCAGGCUACCAUAGGGCACCCAAGAUGACAGACACUUCCAGUAGGUGACAAAAUAUCACCCUCUGUUUUGACUAAUGUACACUUGCCUGAGUCUUACCUCAAAAAUUCUUUGAUCUUCUCAUAAUAGAAAAAUAUUUUUUCAUAAAAAUAUAUUUAUUAAUUAAAUUCUUUAGUAGACUGGAGAAAAAAAUAAUAGUGGUUGCAUGACAAUAAUAAAGACUUCAAACCGAAUCCUGUACUCUUCAAAAAAAAAAAAAAAAAAAAAAAAAAAAAUUAAAUUGGCUACUAUAGAAGGUGGGCUUUUUUCAGAAUAAAGUGUGAUGUGUGCCACUCCUGUUAAAAAAUGAGACAUUUCCUUGCACAAAUAUUUGUCACUUUUACAAUUUAUUUUUACAGUGCUUAAAGAUUUUGAAAUUAACUUCUUAAGUAGGCAAGGCAUACAUAGAUCUGUUUAAUAUUUGGACUAGUUACAUUCUCCAGCUUCCAUUAUAGAAUGAAUCAUCACUUGUGAGCAUUUUACUGUACACAUGAAUUUAUGGGAAUGUGGUGAAAUGAUUUGUUUUCAUCUAUAAAGGUAAUUGUUGCAGACAUAAACUUGUAUUUACAUAUGUUAAGUAUUGUUAUAAAAUUGUGAAUUAUAUAAGUAAAGCUUGCACCAUUUCAAAUAUCUGUUCCUGUGCUAGUCAUUGAUCAUUUCAAUGCGGACUUUUCCUUGAUUUACUACAAAAUAGACUAUUAUUAAACUGCUGAAAUCUUGCAAGUACCAUGAUAUUGAGCCUCACUCAGCAGUAAGUCAAAUCUGUGUUUUUCAUCAGCAGGUUAAGAGUUUAUUCUUCAAAAAAUGCAGUAAAUAAAAAACUGGUAGGGAGAAAUAAUAUUUUUAUUAGACUGGAAACAGUAAAAACCCCUCCUAGAGUCUUCAGCUAUUUCAGUUGAUCUAAUAAAAGAUAAUUCCCCUACUCAGAUAUCUUGCAUCUCUUAUUCAUUUGGAGCAGUAUGGUUACACUGCUACUACCACUGGUUUAGAAAAUGCUAUCGUAAUAGUCAGUACAGACCAAAUUUUUUUUUUCAGUGUCACAGGUAGAAUGUAACAUAUAGCUGAGUGCAUGCUACUGAUUCAGGUCUUUUUUGCCUUUGCAGCAUGGCCUUGCAAGUUCAACUGUAUCAGUUGCUUCUUAGCAAACCAGUAACACUUGCCUUCCAGUGUCCUGAUAUUAUUGCAGUAGCAUCUGCACACCUCAUUAGUUCUAGCC